AUGAGCAAGUGUGUCAAGAAAUAUCAUGGAAAAACAACUGUAAGACAAAUGACCACGGAAAUGGUUGAAUCGCAACAGGAUGGAAGUGCAACAGAUUCUGUGGCAGAGAGCGAUGCUGUUUGCAUACAAAAUCAGCCAGGCCAAAGUCAGAUUUCCCCCAUAGCUCAGGUUUCUGUAGCUGGAUCAAGUGCUGGAAGAGGAUCUCCAGCUGUAACUCUAGUACAGUUGCCUUCUGGUCAAACUGUACACGUCCAGGGAGUGAUUCAAGCCACACAGCCAUCAGUGAUUCAGUCACCACCAAUGCAGGCUGUUCAGGUAACAUCAGUUGCAAAUGCAGAGGACUCUGCAGACUCGGAGGGUGUAAUUGAUUCUCAAAAACGUAGAGAGAUUCUUUCAAGAAGGCCUUCAUACCGAAAAAUUCUGAAUGAACUAUCUUCUGAUGCUACUGGUGUCCCUAAGAUUGAAGAGGAAAAGUCAGAGGAAGAAGGAACACCUUCUGGCAUCCCUGCAAUGGCAGUACCAACCAGCCUAUAUCAGACUAGCACAGGGCAAUACAUUGCCAUAGCCCAAGGUGGAGCAAUCCAGAUUUCUAAUCCAGCAUCUGAUGGCGUCCAGGGACUGCAGACAUUAACAAUGACAAAUUCAGGAGCUCCUCAGCCAGGUGCUACCAUUGUGCAAUAUGCAGCACAAACACCUGAUGGCACACAGCAGUUUUUUGUACCUGGAAGCCAAGUUGUUGUGCAAGCUGCCACUGGAGACAUGCCAACUUACCAGAUCCGAACUCCCACCACAGCCUUGCCUCAAGGAGUGGUAAUGGCAGCCUCACCAGGAACUUUGCACAGCCCUCAGCAGCUAGCAGAAGAGGCAACACGCAAAAGGGAACUGAGACUUAUGAAAAAUAGGGAAGCUGCUAAAGAAUGUCGACGUCGGAAGAAAGAAUACAUAAAAUGUCUGGAGAGUCGUGUUGCAGUGCUAGAAGUUCAGAACAAGAAACUUAUAGAGGAGCUUGAAACCCUAAAAGACAUUUGUUCUUCCAAAACAGAUUAGUAGAAAUAUUUAUUAUGCUGUGAACUGAUUACAACAUGUCCAGUUGCUUUUGAAGACAAUACCUAGCCAAUAAGAAUUACGACUUUUUCUUUGUAUCAUUUAUCUUAUACUGCAACCCCUAACAUUCCUGAAAUACUUUUUUGCAUUUUGUAGAUUCUUAGAUGUAACUUCAUUUUUUUUCCAAAGGAGACAAAUUUUAAAGUGU